AUGCUGCUGCGGCAGAAGAAGCUCCGACAAAAUAAGAGCUGCUGAUUGGAAAAGUUUGAGCAGCAUAAUUACAUCAGUCAACCUGAAGAGGACUCUGGGGCUGUUUGCGAGGCUGGCUGUGCACAAGAUGGCUCCGACAAACGUCUUAAAUCAAUUCUCUUCAGAAGCUGGAGGCAGCUGUCCUCUGGAGUCAGAGCUUCGGGCGGUGCUGCAGCAGAGGAUCAUGGUGCUGGAUGGUGCAAUGGGAACCAUGAUCCAGCAGCACGAGCUCCAAGAAGAAGAUUUCAGGGGAAGCAAGUUUAAAGAGCACCCGCUGCCUCUGAAGGGCAACAACGACAUUCUCAGCAUCACACAGCCGGACAUCAUUUACAAAAUCCACAAGGAAUACCUGGAGGCUGGUGCUGACAUCAUUGAGACCAACACGUUCAGCAGCACCUCCAUCGCCCAGGCAGACUAUGGACUGGAACACAUGGCUUAUUGCCUCAACAAGGCAUCAGCGGAGCUGGCAAGGAAGGCCGCUGACGAUGUCGCCAAACAAACCGGCUGUAAACGCUAUGUGGCCGGGGCAGUGGGUCCCACCAAUAAAACCCUGUCUGUGUCACCGUCUGUGGAGAAACCGGACUUCAGGAACAUCACGUUUGAUGAGCUGGUGGAAGCCUACGUAGAGCAGGUCCGAGGUUUACUGGAUGGAGGAGCAGACAUCCUUCUGGUUGAAACUAUCUUUGACACGGCCAACGCUAAGGCUGCCUUGUUUGCCAUCGACCUGCUGUUUGAAAAGAGCAAUGAAAGAAAGCCCGUAUUUAUCUCAGGGACGAUUGUUGACCGGAGUGGCCGAACUCUGUCCGGUCAGACAGGAGAGGCCUUUGUAGUGAGUGUGUCCCACGCUAAACCGCUAUGUAUUGGUCUGAACUGUGCGUUGGGGGCGACAGAGAUGAGGCCGUUCAUUGAGGCCAUCGGAAAAAGCACCACAUCCUUCAUUAUCUGUUAUCCCAACGCAGGUCUUCCAAACACAUUCGGAGGGUAUGAUGAAACUCCGCAAGUGACGGCCUCCAAUUUACAGGACUUUUCUAUGAGUGGACUGGUGAAUAUUGUGGGAGGCUGUUGUGGAACCACUCCAGCACACAUCAGAGCCAUAUCUGAAGCAGUCAGACACUGCAAGCCACGGCUUCCUGCUGCUGAUGUUUACCAAAACUACUUGCUGCUCGCAGGUUUGGAGCCGUUCAGGAUCGGUCCGUACACAAACUUUGUAAACAUCGGUGAGCGCUGCAACGUGGCCGGAUCACGCAAGUUUGCCAAGCUGAUCAUGGCUGGAAACUACGAGGAGGCUCUGAGCAUUGCUAAGGCCCAGGUGGAGAUGGGAGCCCAGGUCCUGGAUAUAAACAUGGAUGAGGGGAUGCUGGAGGGACCAACAGCCAUGGCCAGAUUUUGUAAUUUUAUCGCCUCUGAGCCAGAUGUUGCACGGGUUCCUCUGUGUAUCGACUCCUCUAAUUUCUCAGUGAUCGAGGCAGGGCUGAAGUGCUGUCAGGGGAAGUGUAUCGUCAACAGCAUCAGUCUGAAGGAGGGAGAGCCGGAGUUCCUGCUCAGAGCCGCCACCGUGAAGCGCUACGGUGCUGCUGUGGUGGUCAUGGCCUUCGAUGAGGAGGGACAGGCCACAGAUACGGACCGUAAGGUGGAGAUCUGCACUCGAGCCUACAACCUGCUGGUCAGCAAGGUGGGAUUUGACCCCAAUGACAUCAUCUUUGACCCCAACAUCCUGACCAUCGGUACGGGCAUGGAGGAGCACAACGACUACGCUGUAAACUUCAUCAGAGCCACCAAGCUGAUCAAGGAAACUCUACCAAGAGCCAAGGUGAGUGGAGGUCUGUCCAACCUCUCCUUCUCCUUUCGAGGAAUGGAGGCCAUCAGAGAAGCGAUGCAUGGAGCAUUUCUCUACCACGCUAUCAAGGAUGGUAUGGAUAUGGGAAUAGUGAAUGCUGGGAACCUGCCGGUGUAUGACGACAUCGAUAAGGAGCUGCUGUCACUGUGUGAAGACCUCAUCUGGAACAGAGAUGCUGAUGCUACUGAGAAGCUGCUGGCCUAUGCACAGAACAAUGUGAAAGAGGGGAAGAAGGUUGUUCAGACAGACCAGUGGAGAGAAAGCAGUGUGGAGGAGAGGCUGGAGUAUGCUCUGAUCAAGGGAAUAGACAAGUAUGUGGUGGAGGAUGUGGAGGAGUGUCGGGCUCAGACUGACCGCUACACUCGACCUCUUCACAUCAUCGAGGGGCCUCUGAUGAACGGCAUGAAGGUGGUGGGAGAUUUGUUUGGAGCUGGAAAGUUGUUCCUGCCACAGGUGAUCAAGUCUGCUCGUGUCAUGAAGAAGGCAGUGGGUCAUUUGAUUCCUUUCAUGGAGAAGGAGAGAGAGGAGAUGAUGGCGUCAUCAUCAACAGAUACGGAGAUGGAUCCCUAUCAGGGCACCAUAGUUCUGGCCACGGUGAAGGGAGACGUCCACGACAUUGGCAAGAACAUUGUAGGUGUGGUGCUGGGCUGUAACAACUUCAGAGUUAUCGACCUGGGUGUGAUGGUUCCCUGUGAUCGGAUUCUCAGAGAGGCAGUCGCACAGAAAGCAGAUAUUAUCGGUUUAUCGGGUCUCAUCACCCCCUCUCUAGAUGAGAUGAUCCAUGUGGCCAAAGAGAUGGAGAGACUGGGAAUGACAACACCACUGCUGAUUGGAGGAGCCACCACAUCAAAGACACACACGGCGGUGAAGAUCGCUCCUCGCUACAGUUCACCCGCUAUCCAUGUUCUGGACGCCUCCAGGAGUGUGGUGGUGUGCUCACAGCUGCUGGAUGAGGCAGUGAUGGAGGAGUACUUUGAGGAACUGAAAGAGGAGUACGAGGAGAUCAGACAGGAGCACUACGACUCCCUGAAGGAUCGUCGGUAUCUGUCUCUGUCUCAGGCCAGAGAGAAGGCCUUCCAUGUAGACUGGCUGUCUCUGCCCAGACCAGUGCGUCCUCAGUUCCUGGGCACUCGUGUGUUUGACUCUUAUGAUCUGAACAGUCUGUUAGACUUCAUCGACUGGAAGCCUUUUUUUGAUGUGUGGCAGCUCAGAGGAAAAUACCCCAACAGAGGAUACCCCAAGAUCUUCAAUGACAAGACUGUUGGUUCCGAGGCUCGUCGAGUGUUUGACGAUGCCCAGCGGCUUCUCAGCCACAUUUUUGACCAGAGCAGUCUGAAGGGGAGAGGCCUCGUUGGCUUCUGGCGUGCUCAGAGUGUUGGUGAUGACAUCAGGGUGUACAAAGAUGAUGCGACGGUGUGCAGAGACACCAAGCCCAUCGCCACAUUCCAUGGUUUACGGCAGCAGGCGGAGAAGGACAGCCACAGUUCAGAGCCCUACCUGUGUGUGUCAGACUUCAUUGCCCCUGUGGACAGCGGGGUGGCAGACUACGUUGGUGUGUUUGCUGUAGGUGUGUUUGGAGCUGAGGAGCUGAGUCAGAAGUUCCAGGCUCAGGGAGACGACUACAACAGCAUCAUGGUCAAAGCUCUGGCUGACCGACUGGCUGAGGCGUUUGCUGAGGAGCUCCACGCUCGUGUGCGUAAGGAGCUGUGGGGCUACAACGCUGAAGAGGCUCUGCAGGCCUCAGACCUCCACAGAAUUCGAUACCAGGGCAUCAGACCUGCCGCCGGCUACCCCAGCCAGCCUGAUCACACAGAGAAGACCACCAUGUGGAACCUGGCUGGUAUACAGGAAAAGACUGGUAUUGGUCUGACAGAGUCUCUGGCCAUGACUCCUGCUGCUUCGGUCUCUGGACUUUACUUCUCCAACCCUCAGGCCUCCUACUUCGCGGUGGGAAAGAUCACCAAGGAGCAGGUGGAGGACUAUGCCAGGAGAAAAGAGACGAGUGUGGAGGAGGUGGAGAAAUGGCUGGCGCCCAUCCUGGGUUAUGACAGCGAGGUAUAGGACGCCACAGAGAAUCAGUUUACAGUCCGACCAUUCCACUGUCGCUCACAUCGGUUUUACUGUGGUGCUGACACAGAAAUCACCGACAUCCCAGAGAAUAUUAUUCACUCUUCUACAAACACUCAGCAUUUUACUUCACACUUUUUAACUGCACAUUUCAGAAUGAGUGCAAGACUGAGUUUGCUUUACUUCUUCAUACUGACAAACUCACUGCUCUUCAACUCUGUUUGUACAAAUACAAUGAUACCAUGCUGUCUUCAGUGAAUUCCAUGUUUUUUAAUAGAUUAUUUCUAUCAGCUUUAGUUAUCAUUGCCUAUGUUGGAUAUAUUGUCAAAUCAGUAUCAGUAUAAUUGCUGACUUUCACUAAAAACUUGACUUGCUGGGACAUCAUCAUAUUUCUCAUUUGGGUUGUUCCCUCUGAAAUCAUCAGUUUCUGCUCAUCCAUCUCCAUCUUGAUAUGCUAGAAUGUCUUUGUAUCAAACUAUGAAUAUUUUUAAAUAUAAUUGUGAUUUUUUUUUUUAAAGCUUGAUAUAUCAAAUACUUUUUAAGACCAGUUUUGAUCGUAAAAACCGCCUGCCUGACCCUCUUUCAGCACAUUUAUUCGUGCAUUAUUGUUUGAGGCUAAAUUUAAACCGCAGUAUCUCAGGAACACCAAGUCUUCACAUGGAUCAGAGGGAGUGUAAAGCAUAUUGCAAGGUCUGCAAAACAUUUCUCAAAGGGACCUCAAAAGUAUUGGAAGAUAAUGCAUUUAAAAUAAUUCUCACUGGAGGAGACCACACAGGUGAAACAGAACCUUUACGUUAAGUCAGUCAUGUUUGUUCCUACUGAUAUUUAUGACAUAAUUAGGUUAAUUGUUUUGAGGCUCUUGAAGUUCACUGAAGGCCUCCAGAUAUUUGAAACUGCAACAAAUAAUGAAACUUUUUCCUGUAGAUUUCUACUUUCACAUUGAUGCAGUACUACCAGAAGAGCAGUUCAUUGUAAUACCUGCUAUUCUAAACAUCAUUUUACACUACUCAGUAAACUGGAAUAGAACUUCACAUAAAUAUUUAAAUUAUUGUCAAAUUUAAAAACUGUAUAGAAUCAGUUCAUACACUACCAUUAAAAAGUUUGGGGUCACUUAGAAAUGUCCUUUUUCUUGAAAGAAGCAUUUUUUUGUCAGUGAAGAUAACAUUCAAUGAAUCAUAAAUCCAGUGUAGACGUUGUUAAUGUGGUAAAUGACUAUUGUAGCUGGAAACGUCUGAUUUUUAAUGGAAUAUCUCCAUAGGGGUACAGAGGAACAUUUCCAGCAACCAUCACUCCUGUGUUCUAAUGCUACAUUGUGUUAGCUAAUGGUGUUGAAAGGCUCAUUGAUGAUUAGAAAACUCUUGUGCAGUUAUGUUAGCACAUGGAUAAAGUGUGAAACUGACUGGAUGACUCAAACUUUUGAACAGUAGUGUGUAUAUAUAUGAUAAAUAUACUGCAUAUCUUAGAAUGAGCUACAGAGAGAUUAAAAUCAGCUGUAAUGCUGCACUAUCAUGUAAAACUGAAACAAUUUAGAAAAUAACUUGAUGAAAACCAAAAAGCUUUUAAUUUCUCAAGGUCCAUAUGUUUCAUAAAUACAAAGAUUUGAAGUGAUUUUUCCCAUUUAAUUGUAUAAUUUUCAGUGAUACAAUCAGAUGAGUCGUCUUUAGGUCCCGUCUUGAAAUGUUGAUGUUGAAGCUGGAUUAACUCUUUGCAACUUCCCUGUUUUUCCUGCUCUAGUAAAAAGCCAGCUGUUCAAACUGAGGUACAACUAUUUCUCGUUGACAUUUAGACUGUGUACCUUAUAUUCCUGAUGUCCUAUACAACAAGGCCCUGAAACAUCUCCACAUGGGACAAUGAAAAUGAUUUUUUGUGCUGAAUGCCUGCUGAAGUGUUCCUAUCUUCUUAGCCCUGAUGCUGCAGAGACUGAUCUCACUUUGUAUGAAACUUGAUACUUGAAUACUUUUACUUUCUUUAGAGAAAAUGUAAAUUAAUGAUGGUGGCAUUACUGACACUGAAAAACUCUAUUCAGACAUUAUGUUCUGUCUUUUUUUCUGAGUUUAAAGUUGUUCUUCAGUCUUUAAUUAAAACAUUUUAAAAAUA